AUGUCUACUACUUCUGCAUCACCACAAAAGAAACGAAGGUUAUCAAAUCCUUUGGCAGAAGAUCGCAGAGUUGAACCAACAAAAAAACCCAAGCAAGAUAACCCAAAUGGAGUAGGAAUUCCUAACGCGAGUAAUAAAACGGAGAUGAUACCUUUACCAGCUUUACCAACACUGCCUAUGAAACCUAAUAUUGGUAAUAACUCAAAUUUUCGUGCUGGUACUAGUACUUCAGCUUCCUCCAACAGUAAUAUUCCGCCGAAGACUACAGGACAGAGCGGUAGUAAUAACAUAUCAAUUAGCACUUCUGAGAUUAACAGAAAUAAAGACAAAGAAAAGGAUCCGAUGUCUGCUUCUACAACAAGUCCGACAUCUCCUGUUAAAGGCAAAGGUAUGCAACAACAGCAAAUACAUCAAAGAACAUCUUCAAUUUCUUCAACAUAUACGCAGCAACCCAGUACACCAAUGUCACAAAUACCUCCACAAGAAUUAUUUGUUCGUUAUACAAAGAAAGAAGAAGAAAUUCAAACUUUACUAGGAGAACUUCAAACACUUUCUCAGAUUCUUACACCUGAAUUUGCAUAUGAUCCAUCACUACGUAAAAAAUUUCUUGAUCCUGCUAUUAAUGUAUUAUUUCGAACAAUGAAAAAAGAGUUGGAGGAUAAAGAUAAAUUACUUGAAAAUUUACAAAGGGAAUUAGAUGGUGUUAGUUUUACUCCAAACAGUAUUACAGGCAAAAAACUUGUCGCAAAGUUACUUGCUUUGCAAAAUGAAAAUGAGGAAUUAGGUAGACAACUUCGACAAGGACGCGUUGAACAAUAUGAAGUAGAAAUAGCUUUACAACGAAAAGUUAUAGAUGAACUUAAACAAGGACUUGAGGAAUCGGAUAAUCAACUUAUAUCUUUGGAUGCAGAAAUGGAAAGAUUACAAAAUCUCUUGUUUCAAAUGAGAGCAAAAGUUAAAGGUUAUGAAGAAAAAUAUGGUCCUUUAGAAACGGAUAAUAAAGAUGAUAUUGCAGAAAUUUCAACUAAUACUGUGAAUGAGGUAAGUGAAAUUGGUUUCUGA